GGCCCAACCCGAUACAUCUAGAUAAGUCAAUUUUUUUUACUCUUUUAGCUAGAUGUUCUUGCUGGCGCAUUGCCCAAUGCUCCAGCAAGAACAUCUAGAUUUUUCCGCUGGGCGAUUUUUGCUUGGGUAUAA